AUGUUUUACCUGAAGGUGACGGAAGAACUCAAGCAACAUCUUGCAGGGAAGCCAGUGGCGGCCAUCUUUGAUGAAACUCCAGAUGUUGAAGGAAGAUGUGUACAAAACAUCCUCAUCGCACCACUUGAACAGGAGAACAUCCUUCUGAACAGGAGAACAUCCUUCUGAACAGGAGAACAUCCUCGGGGAGAACGUCCGGCCUACCUCGCAGAGAGACCGCGUUUCUGGAGCAGUGCAACCAUUCACCAGUUUCCAUGGCUGUGGUGAAAACGUCUACAAGACUACAAUAUCUCCAGUGAUGACGUCAUUGUCUUUGACACAGACAAUGCUGCCGUACAUGAAGAAAGCCUACAAAGCUGCACUUCAAGUCAUUGUUCCCCAACUCCCUGCACAUAACAUGGAUUGGCUCACAUCGUGAAUCUGAUAGGGAGUGCUUUUCCCGCAAACCUUUUGAUCAGCUGAACGCAUUCAUGCUACGUUUUUCCGCAGAUGUUUUACCAGGCAGGGGCAGAAGAUACCUUCCUCGCCACCGAACUGGCAGGACGGAAGAGAGCAACUGUGGCUCCCAAUCCGCUGCAGCUCCUGAUUCUAAGCAGUGCAGUACCACUCUGAGCAGUCGGGCCUCUACAAGGGGUUCGUAGAGAUGGAAAUACAGGUAUGAUUUUAAAUCUACAUGCAUUCUACAAUUGCUUAAGUCAUUGUCAUUUAUAUCAUUGUAAUUAUGCAGAAAAAAAAGUAUACGGCGGGGAUGGCAUUUCACAGUGAGUUUAAGUAAUAUUUUCCUCUUUUUUUUAAUUUGUAUUCCUUGUCAUAUACAGGUGUGUGGCUCGAAGUGCACCACAGUCUGGAGAGAAACUCUCCAUGAGAUGCUACGAGACCAAGAGCUGGUUCAGUCGCUGGAGAUUCAGCUGAACCAUCAUGGCAAAAGUCAUCCUGCAGCUUCUCGACAUCUUCCAGAGCCUUGUGGCAUCAAAGAGGACUUGCAGAUGAACAUUGCAGCCAACAAAGAACUC